AUGAAGAAGCAGCUUUCGGUGGCUGUCCUUGCAGGAUUGCCGUCAGUACUUGCGGCACCGUUCAAACGAUCAAACAGUGUUCAAACCUUGGCCUCCAUCCGUAAUGGUGAUCUCGUCUUUCAGCUUGGUGAAAUUUCGUACUUGGCUGAAACGACAAGCCCAGUGGCAACCAUCUCAGGUCUUGUUGGCGAGCCUGGCUAUGCACCUGUCACAGUGUUGAAGACCAGCGGCUGCUCGAUUGACUCGGACAGCCUGAGCAGUACUGUCAACAGCUACCUCACGAUAGAUGACGUUUUCAAUGAGCACUUCCUGUCUGGCAUUGUGCUUGCUUCAGACUGCGAAAGCACGGCUGGACUGGACUGGGGCCCAUCGUCAUUCCUGAGCAGCUUCAAUACCAGCCUAGUAGGAAUCUUGUCCGGCGUUGCAAUUGAACCUGGACCAUACCUUGCGGCCCUUGAUAGCUCAGGUACAGCCAGCUUAUCUCUGGUCAAUCGACUCUACCAGGACCGGUACCGUGACUUUCUGUAUGGCACAUAUGCUGCGCCAGAAUUUGGUGUAUAUCAGGCUUUCCCCGACGUUCUAGCCGAGUUUCAGGACCCUCUCAUACCAGUACCUUCCAGAAUAUACAGCUUAUCCGACACCCGACCACUAGCAGGACUUCGAAUCGGUGUCAAGGACCUCUACGACGUAGCAGGCCUGCAAACAUCAGCAGGCAGCAGAGCCUGGGCUGAGAUUACUCCUAUCGCAAGCACGACUGCGCCUUCUAUACAACGCCUCAUUGACCUAGGAGGUAUUGUCGUGGGCAAGCAAAAGACAGCUCAAUUUGCGUCUGGCGCAGAUCCAUGGGAUUGGUACGAUGUACAAUAUCCAUUCAACCCACGAGGAGACGAGUGGCUUACAUGCUCGGCCUCUUCUUCGGGUGGUGGCUGCUCGAUCGCUGCAUAUGACUGGCUUGAUUACGCUAUUGGCUCCGAUACUGGCUCUUCUGUACGCAGACCAGCGGCCGUCUCCGGGACAUAUGGUAAUCGGCCCAGUCAGGGCAUGAUCUCUCUUCAAGGUGUCAAUCCACUUGGCGCUGCACAGGAUACUGCUGGUGUUUUCGGUCGCGACCCUUCCACUUGGGCACAAUUUGGGCGAAACUGGUAUAUACCAGAUCUGCAUCAGGAUUCUAGCAUUAAUGGCCUUGAGCCACUAGUGGUUCCGGACUCCAACGAUUUUCCAAGCACCAUCUACUACGAUCCUGACUACUUGCCUGUCCGCAAUCCUGCGGCUAACCAGCUCGUACAGCAAUUCUAUGCCAAUCUCAGCACUGCAAUGGGCAUUGAUACAGUGACCACGAAUCUGACUAGGACGUUGAUGGACAGUCCUAUUCGAGCCGUACACAACACCACCUAUCGCAACAACGCCUCCACUCUACUGAACACCCGAACUCAGUGGGUGGAGGUUGCCGAGCCUCUACUCACUGCAUGGGCGGAGCGGUACGAUGGACGCUUUCCACCUAUAGAUCCAGCACGCCGACCAGGCUGGGUUGCUCGCACCCCUGCAAACUUCACCCAGGCACAAUACGACAAUGCACUUGCCAUCAAGCGUAACUUCAGUGAGUGGAUGAAUCAUGACUUUCUUGGCAAUGGCAAUCCCACCAUGGGUUCGUGCAGUGAUUCCAGUCUAUGGAUCUAUGACAUCGGGACUGGUGGCCUUCCUAGCUACCGCGAGCAAACACUCUUGGGCAAUCCAGCAGUAACGGCAAGAUUGAAUUAUACACCUCCAGGCGUGCUAACUAGUGGUGUCAAUUUCUGCUCCUUCGCAGGCUGUGCCGACUACACACUGCCGAUUGGACAAGUAUCGUACUUCAGCAAUAUCACACGAUACCAAGAAAUGGUGCCUGUUACCAUAAGUCUGGUUGCAAAAAGAGGUUGCGACUUUGUGCUUUUCAAUUUGAUCAGCAGGCUGGCUGAGCUGGGCGUACUCCAGACGGUCAAGACCGGCAGGACUGCUUUCUAG